UCUUCUAUCUUACAUUUUCGCUAUUUUCCGGAGAAAACGGACGCUGUCACGUGAAUGCGUCUGUGCGGGAACACCAAACUUCGGGAAUACCAAAACUUUAGGCCCGCUCCACAGCUCCGCAGGCUCCCAAUGAACACCCUUCCUUUAAACCGGCUACGCUGCUCCGGGUGCAAGUCCUUUCGCCCAAUUACAAGCUUCCCUUUUCACGAGAACGGAUAUCGACUUUAUACUUGCGAAAUCUGCCUUAUACGAAAGCACGACCAAUACCGUAAAGCUACGGGCGAGUUUAUACAAGAAAGGCACGACCGGCGGGUCUUACGGGCGAAGAGAGCAAAGCUACGGGCACAAAAGCGUGGGAUAUGGGAUCCUGUGGACUUGGAGAAGGCAUUAGCAGAAGGAGAAGCCCAAAGGGAGGCUUGGGACGAGUGGAGGGAGUUCCAGGCUCGAUUACAAGACGACGAAUGGCAGUGGGAUAAAGAGGAGAAGCAGUGGGAGAUAGAGCAAGAGAGGAAAUGGGAAGAGAACGAUCCGUUUACGGACGAGUAUAAGAGGGGGAAGCAGGAGCAAGAGCAAGAGCAGGAGCAGGAGCAGGAGCAGGAGGAAGCGUGGUACUGGCUUACGGCUAGCUAAUAUUUGGAGAUAUAAAGGGAGGAAGGGCUUGCGGAUAAAGAGGAUAUACCUACGGAUGAAGAAGAAGGACCUGCGAAUAAAGAGGAGGAACUUGCGGACGAAGAGGUAUCUGUAAAUUAAUUUACAGACGAGCCUAUGGCCCAAUACUGCUCUAGUUGUAAUCAAAAACGCCCCCCUUCUGAAUUUGGAUACUUCUUUACGUGCUCUAUAUGCCGAAAACGGAAGCAAAAGUCAAACCGUUGACGUGGGAUUUAAAGAAAGGAGCAAGCAAGGGUAUCGAGACUUGAAAAUAAGCCUAUAAGAGACGAGCUUCAAAGACAUAUACAAGUACGUACUAGGGAAUCGGGCGAGCAGGAGCUUAGAGAGGCAAGGGCAAGAGAACGCUACGGGUGUCUUAUAAAAGACGAUAGAAAACAGCCUUUAGAAGUUAAUAAUUAUUUAAAUAAAAGCC